UUCCGGGUGAAGCAGGUCAAGCAUGUCGCGGGAAGGCGGCAAGGAAAGUGCGUACGAGGUCCAUGCAACUCCCCGCGAGACCGAUUCGUCCUCUGGGGACACCGAAUUCGUCCGGCAUCGCGUGGAACGUCCAGCAGGGAACCCCGAAGCCGUGGUGGACCCCCGCGCUUCCUACCAAGCGCCUGUGAAAGUGACCGAGAUCAACACAGCUCGAAAGGAGAAUUCGUCAAGUGAUGAAACCAUGAUCUCCGUGCACGGGUACAUGCACAAGCAGGGGAAGCGGUCCAUCAAAGGUCCAAUCCACAAGAGUUGGAAAAAGCGAUACUUUGCGCUCGAAAAGGCAAAAAUCUACUACUUCCAGAACGACACGGACUGCCGCCGGUACUUUACGACGCGAAACGUCGACUUGGUCGUGGGGGCCGUCGAAUUGAAGGAUGCACUGCAACUUCGCCCGUCCGGUCGGUUGGACCUUCCAACCAAGGGCUUUGAAAUCCACACCAAGCGUCGCGUGUGGGUGCUCUGCCCGGAAACCGACGACGAAUACAAGAUGUGGUUUGAAGGCGUCGAGGAAGCUAUCGUUGCGAGCGGGGCGGGGAACGUCAUCGAACGCCAUCUCCCAAACGUGCGCAAGUACGUCAUGAAAGGGUUACCCACGUACCGAUUCCUGUACGUGCUCUUUCUCCUCGCGGGUCUCGUGGAGUUGGCAGGUCUUGUCUUAUGGUUCGUUGUGGGAGUGCAGCCAUGCGACCAAGCGCGUCCGACCGUCGAUUGCGGGACUAUUUUGUCUCAAACGAUGGACCUCCUCAAGUGCGGAAACAAACCAUUCAACGGCGUGUUCACGCCCCCCAAGUUUUGGCUCACGUUUGCGGGCGUCGACAACGUCGUGUGCUGGGCCGAACCUCCCAUCGGGCAGUGGAUUUCUUACUUUUGCCUGUUGUUGGCGGAACUCAUCAGCUUCGUGUUGGGGUCCAUCUACUACCUCGGUAUGUGGAAGCCCGUCCGUCGCGGCGCGCACUACCUGGACGAAUUCGAGCCCAAGCUUCCCGACGAGCAAUGGCCCAAGGUCGACGUGUUCAUCUGCCAUUACUCGGAACCCGCGGAAGAAACCAUCGACACGCUGGCGGCGUGCAUGAACUUGCAGUACCCGCCGCACUUGCUUCAGAUUUUCAUUCUCGACGACGGGUACUGCAAAGCCAAGUGGACCAAGGGCAACCCCGUCCCCACGAUCGAGCUCAACAAGGGGGUGAUCGAACAGGCCGGCGACUUGCGCCAGGAAGUGGCCCAAUACAUGUACGACCGCGUGAGCGACCCGAACGAUGACGUAGAAGUGUACGCGUGGCGCAAGCUCCAUUCGUCCGCCAACUUGCCAAUGGAGUCGCGUCCUCGUGUGGUCAACCGCGCCGACUGCGCGGCCGGAUCGUUCCGCGACGACUACCGGUACAGCGGCCUCCCCCAUGUGACGUUUGUCGGCCGAGUCAAGCCUUCGACGCACUACUCCAAGGCCGGAAACAUCAACAACGCAUGCUACAACGAAGGCGCGAGCGGCCGAUACAUGGUGAUCCUGGACAAUGACAUGCAGCCGCACCCCAAGUUCAUCUUGGCGACGCUUCCAUUUUUCUUUGACUCGGAAGACCGCGCGUUGAAGAACAAGUACUCAUGCUGCACGGGCGGGUGCAACAAGGUCGCGCGCAUGUGCUGCGCGUCGUGCAAGAUCGCGGGGGUACCCGAAGAAAAGAUCAGCUACUGCUCCAAGCAGUGCUUUGAGAACGCUAUGCACACGUCGAGCGCACUCCACCGCCGCCAAGUGAACGGCACGAUGAGCGAGAAGCCCAACAAGGGGGCGUCCAAGCGAGUGUUGUACUGCAUGACAUGCAACAACGUGAUGGACACCCAUGGGGCGUGCAAGAUGUGCACCCAUCCCGCCGCCCCCGACAUGGAAGACGGCCUCGCGCAGUCGUCGUCGCCGUACUCGGACGCUGUCGCAGACAACGCUGUCGCGUUUGUGCAGACGCCGCAGUACUUUCGCGACUGCGUCCAGUUCCAAAUCGGUGACCCCCUCGGCCAUCGCAAUGCCACGUUUUACGAUGCGAUUCAAACCGGCCAAGAUGGAUACGACUGUGCGUCGUUUGCCGGGACGAACGCCAUCUUUCGCCGCGAAGCGUUGGACUCGAUCGGCGGGAUCCAGUAUGGCAGCUUGACAGAAGACUGUUAUACUGGCCAGCAACUGUGUGCGAUGGGGUGGAAGGGGCUGUACUUUCGCAAAGACUUUGAAGGCGAAACAUCCGAGCGCAUUCGGCUGGCCGAGGGGUUGAUCCCGGACAACGUUGCGAGUUCCCUCGCGCAGCGCAAGCGAUGGGCCAAAGGCAACUUUCAAAUCAUGCUCAUGAACAAAACCAAGAGCUACUUUGAUAAGGACUGGAAGCGCCCGACCACGGCCUUGCCCCCCAAGCCGAAACGCGGCCACUUUAUGCGCAAGGUUCGAACGCAGUACCUCAAGUUGUUUCAGCCAGUCUUGCAUCGAUUGUGCACGAGUCAGUCCUCAUACAUCCCUCUAUGUCUUGUGGACGAGUGGACACGAACGACCCACUCGCGCAUGAUGCUCAUGCCUUACUUGUGUUUGCAGGUGCUCCAUAUUCGAGACCCAGACAAGCUCAGUCGAUGGGUAGUCAUCACAUCACGAGACAAGAUGCGGUCCAACCCCCAAGGCAACAAACCAUACCGCACCGCCGAAGCCGACUUGGCCCUCUUGAUCAGUCUUCUCCACGGCAAAGACAUUUUAAACGUGCACGGCAUUGGCAACUUUAAGACCUUUCUCGACAAGUUUUCCCACGAAAGCUUUUCCGGGCCCAAGAAAAUGGUGCUCGAGUCCCCCGAGUUUGCCCACCUGUUGGCGCUGGUCCAGACUCAAGUGGGCGGCGGGCGGACGGCGUCUAACAACCCCAAGCUCAUGCAGCUGCAGGUGGUUCUGUCCGAGCACUUUACGCGGCACGAGCGAGGCGGGUCCAGCACGCGGUCGAUUGUGUUUACGCAGUACCGAGAAAGCGUGACGGAGAUCGUGGCGCUGCUGAGCUCCAUGGCGCCACUGAUCAAAGUGCAGCAGUUCAUCGGCCAGGGCACGGCCAAAGGCAAAGACGGCAAGGGGCAGACGCAGAAGCAGCAGCAGCAGGUCGUGGCCAAGUUCAGAGACGGCGAAUUCAACGUACUCGUCGCGACGUGCAUCGCCGAGGAAGGACUUGACAUUGGAGAAGUCGACUUGAUCGUGUCGUUUGACUGCUUGACGUCGCCCGUCCGCAUGAUCCAGCGGAUGGGGCGCACGGGGCGCAAGCGCGUGGGGCGCGUGGUGCUGCUAGUGACAGAAGGAGACGAAGAAAAGAAGCUCGAGCGCAGCGUGUCGGCGGCCAAGUCGGUGAAUCGGUCGCUCACAAUCUUCAAAGAUAAGUUCAAGUGUGUACCCAGUGCACGCAUGAUUCCUACUGGGAUUGUACCCCAAUUAACGGAAAGCGCCAUGGUCGUGCCGACGUUUCAGGCGUCUCUGAUCGGGGGCAAGAAGGGGGGCGGCGGCGGCGCCACUAAGCCAUCAACAACAGCAGCACCCGACUGGCACUUGACCGAAGACGAGAACGCAAUCCUACGCCUCAAACAUGAGCUUCCGGGGCAGUACACGCGUCGUUCCCAUCUGUUUACGUCGCUCAUGGUGCCACUGCGUCUGUCGGACAUGUCGAAACCGCAUCACUUUGGCAAGUCGACACGAUCGCGGUGCUUGCUGCAGCUCAUGCACCGCGUGCACGAAGGGGAUCGGAUGACCAACGCCGAGUUUCAGCAUCGAUUCCACCACGCGGUGGCGGCGCAGAAAGAAGACACUGGCGGCCAGAAUUGGCACGAAGAAGGUCAUUAUAAAGCCGACAAUGUGAAAGAGGAUGACAACAUAUCGUGUAUGUCGUCUCCCUUGAGCUUUGACGAUGGCGUGGCCUUGAGCUUUGACGACAGUGUACCCCACGACGGCUGUCGCUCCCCCAACCUCUCAAACGACAACCAGCAGCUCGUGAUUGACAUUACAUCGUCUCCAGAAUCAACGGCGGCAUCCCCUGCUUCUUUGAAACAAGCAGACGUCGACAGUCUUUCUGUUGCGUCAGACAAGGACCGUAAGGUUGUGAAACAGAUGCAGCCGACGUCACGAGUGUUUCCGCUUUUCAGUCGACCGGGGGGGUCGUCUCCAAAGCCAGACAAGCACUACUACCGUGUAGCAUCCACCAGCAGCCCCGCAAAACCGAUCAAGAUCUCGAAGUCACCACCGGCCAAGACACCAACCCCUGCCGUCGUCGCAUGUUCGUUGAUGUCGUCCAGUUUGAAAAGCAAGAGUCCUACCACCACCAUGAGCUUAGACACAUCUGUGGGCGUGAUGCAGCAAGGCGAGCAAGUGAUUGCCAUGUUGGAGCGCUUGGCGGCACAGGAAGUGGCGUCCCCCGAAGGCAAACAAGGCGGCAGCCAACUGACGCCGAAAUCCCCCACGCUGUCACCCCAACACCCGCCGGUAGUUCUGCCGCCCCGGAAGCCCCUUCCUCGAUUGUUUGACGCCCCAUCCGUCCGCCCCCCACCUCGUACCCGAGACGACGUCGUGCCCGAAGCGCCAAGGAAAAGCCAACAAACAGACGCGGCGGCCUCCUCUUUCGACAUGUCGUCUGGCAUUCCAGCCGCCGACAUGCCUCCAACGCCGACCAUGGAUGAAGUCUUUGGAUCUAAUGGGUUAAGGACCGCCCCGACGAACGAUCCGAAGAAAUCGCUUCAGUUUGCUUCCUCAUGUUCGCAUGUUCACUACGACUACGCGAUGCCAACGAUGGCGGAUGAUGGUGUACACAACGCAGCACAGCCACACGUUCCAUGUCCCCCCAUUACUUCUCGCAAAGAUGGACAUGCGUCGACCACAAAAUCCAAGCCUACGUUGUCAUCGACAGUAGAUAUGACAGUCCAAACCUCCUUUGACAGAGCACCACCGAGUGAAGUGAAAAUGACGUCGGCAAGUGCUCGGCCACGAUCGAAUCUAACAGCCAACUCGUCGGUGCCAACGAAGGAUGCGGCGAUGGCCAAUGGCAAGCGAAAGCGGUCGAUCGGUCCACUUGCCACACAUACAGGCGACCGCUUGAACAUGAUCCCAACACCGCCUUCUAGAGAGGCGACCCCCCAUACCCCCUCCCAUGUAAAGAAGGCGGCGGUUGGGGGGGAGGGAGCGGCGUUCGGCGAAGACGACGAGUUUGUGAUGGAACCAACGCCUCCACGAACAAACCAGCAGCCUCCGUCGACGACGACAACGCAGAGCUACAAUACCCCAGGCACCCCCCUGCAAGACAACUGCCAAGUGUGCGGAGAUGACGAAUCGUCAGAGACGGACCCGAUUCUCUACUGCGACGGGUGCAAUGUGGCCGUGCAUCAGCAUUGCUACGGCGUCCGCGUGAUUCCCCCCCACGAUUGGUUCUGUGACGCGUGCCAGGACAAGUCCAAGCCCACCAAGUGCGUGCUCUGUCCCGAACGCAAGGGCGCGUUGAAAAAAACCAAGUGCCAGCAAUGGGUCCACGUGCAAUGCUAUUUGUGGAUCCCGGAACUUGUCGUGCGGAUCCAACCAGCGGAAAGAACCAUCGAACUCGGCUCAUUGGAAACCCUGGAUGCCGAACGAUUUGCGUUACAGUGCGAAGUAUGUCGCACUGCGCACGGGUUUGGAAUCGUCCAGUGUGCCCACAGGUCGUGCCUGAGAGCGUUCCACGUGUCAUGUGCGUCCAGUGCCAAGUACCAACUGGUCCAAGCGGAAGGGAUCGAACACGCGCAGUUUGUUGUGCUGUGUCCGUCGCACAUGUCCAACCAGAGUGGUAGCGUGUACAUGAGCCAAGCGACCCCUGGAUCCGACCCACGCCCGCGGAAACAGCGCAAGCGGCUACGCGCGGGCGACAGCAAGACGUCAACACGACGCCGACUAGAUCAGUCGCCUUCCAAUCGCCACAAAACCAAAAAACGCAAAGCGUCCAAGCAGCUGAUUUCGCAUUAUAUUGAGAUGCAGGCUGACGACGACGAGGACGAUGGGUCGGACGAAGAAGACGAGAAGGAUGACGAACAUGGGCUCCACAGCAGCUUCAUCGACGACGCAAGUCCGUCGUCCACGCAGUUUCUGUCGCCGUCGUCCAUGCAAGCCAUCUACCGCCGCCGCGACUCGAAGUCCCCCGCGCUCGCCGUGUCGCGCUUCCUGCCGCGGGAUGGCAUCGUCGCUGCUUGCUUGCAACGCCACGACGAGGGCAUCCAUGAUGUCAUGGACACGAGUGUGAUCGACGACGAAGGGCUGCUGCAUCAUGGGAUUUCGUGCGACGGGUGCCAGUUGCACCCCAUCGAAGGCGUGCGAUACAACUGCCAGCGCUGUCCACAGUACAAUUUGUGCAUGUGCUGCUACAGCGCGCGAGAGGACUUUCACCCACAAAGCCACAUAUUCACACCAAUCGAUGCGUGUCAAGCUGGGCCGUCUCCGCCAGGUCGCGUCGUCGUGGCAGUGGCGACUUCUGCCCCCCCACCGCCCCAAAGCCCCGGCCUGACAAGAUCACCUUGUCCGACACAUGAGAACCGAGUGGUUCACGGACCACCCGACGAUGUACGAGGUGCCAGGGCGCCCCAAGUUCCAGUGCCACAACAGCAACCAUCCGUUCAGCAACCGAUGGCUGCUGCCGACUUGACCGCCGAUCAAAUCGCACGUAUGGAAGAAAGCAGGAAAAAGGCGCUGGAGCGGACACGAAGGCGACUUGACGAGAACCGUCGGCAACAACUUCAACAACAACAACCCAUUGGAGGGCGUCCAAGUGCCGCAGAGGGGGCGCCGCCGCAGUCGAUUCCUCUGCUUCCCAACUUCUCGUUGAUGGUAGAGCCAACGAUGACGACACGCCGCCCCACGCCGACGUUACCCCCAAGUGUCACCGUCGACCCGGCUGAAACAACUCCAGAGAUGCCGUCGUUCAACUUGUUGCCGUCGUUCAACGUGAUGGCUACCCCCCCCCGAGUCGAGUUUUCCAUUGCGUACCAUCCCCGCAUCCGGUCGUCGGCGCUUCUGCUCGCUGUGUUUGGCCACGACGCGCUGCCCAAAGUCCCCGAGCCAUCACUCGAGUGCGAUCUCUUACUCAGUGCCCGACGCGCGCUGCUAGUGGUGUCCUUCUCCGACUUCGCCAGUCUGUUACAUGCAUCAUCGCAAUGCCCCCAUUUGAACGUGCUGGCUGCAUUUGGCAGUAUCACGUAUCUGGUGCAGUCCACUCCGCAAGUAUCGCCCCAAGCCAGGCAAGAAUGCUUGACGUAUGCGGCCAAGUACUCUGGCAUGGAGAUCGUGUGGACAGAAGACCCUGCGCACACGUUACAGCUGGUGCUUGAGAUUGCUAGCCAAGAAGCCAAGCAAGGCCACGGGUUAGUACAGUACGAGCACAACAGAGGCAAGGAUCCGCAUUUUGUGGACCGAUGGCAGCUCUUCCACGCAGUGCCGCACCUGUCGUUUGGGGGGCAGCAGGCGCUGGCGUCUCGGUUUCCAAACCUGCCUGUGACGACUCUCUUGCAAAUGAACACGCGGUUCAAUCCGAUGCACUGGAAGCGCAUGCUGCCGUGGAUAUCCGACACGGCAGCCCAAAGCAUCCACAGUCACUUAAAGUCCAAAUUGUAAUAGUAUCGUACGUAGUAUUUAGUCUUGCCUUGGUUGAGUAACAUACGUUCAGCAAAGCCAAGAGCGUCAGUCAUGCUUGCUUGAUACUCCGGAGUACUAGUAUCCAUGUAACUCGAUCCGACUGCAGUAGAACGCUACGGUUGUUGCUUGAAUGACUCGAUCAACUUGACAGCUCCGUCGAUCGUCGCGUCGUCCUUGCAGUAUGCAAUGCGCACCAAUGCGGGCGACGGCUGGUUGCUCACGUUUGAGUAGAAUGGCGAAGUUGGGAUCACCGUCAAGCCUUGCUCAAUGCACAUCUUCUUGGCCAUUUGGUAGUCGGGGCGUUCCUGGUUGGACACCACGGUUAAUAUGUUGACGAGUGGUGGUGGAUCUUGUCGAUUCGACUCUCAAUCGAUGAACAGAAUAUCAAAUCGACAGAUCACGUUGAAAAAGUAGCUCAAAUUAGUGUGUUUGUGACUUGAAAUAGUGUGCAUGAUCGCACAAAUUGGCCAUCCCAAAUUCAGUACAACAAAUCGCCCGGUGGAGAUUUGGGGAAUACACAAAUUUCCACAUGUUGGCUCAAUGCAUAUAAAACACAUGUCUAUCAUCAUAGCAGUCACCUCGGCGGGGAGGUUCUCGACUG